AUCAGCCACAGCCACUCCUCAAACAUCAAAUUCAUCAUCAUCUUCCUCUUCAUUGUCAUCCUCCUCUCCUUCCUUAUUCCUUGCAACUUGCACCCAGCUGGUGGUCUCUCAGCAGGCCUCUCUGUUGGAUGCUUGUUGUUGGGCUUAGCUGUACUCAUCCUUCUCAUCUAGUUAUUUUUCUGAGAUGUCAACUACUUUGAGCAAGUGCCUUUCCUUAAACAUCGAUGGAGAUGCCAAGAUUAUGGGAAAGCAGGGCAUCGUCACCAUUCUUCGGUCGGACUCUGAAAGAACCAAAGCUGCUUCUCUUCGAAGAACUCUAUCAGCAGACAUGUCCUCCAAGAAAUGGUUGGCUCAAAACGGGUUCUCUCCCAUGAGAAAGAACGCAUCCUCGGACCAACUUUCGGUCUCUUUAGCAGAUUCAUCGUCCUCCUCAGAAGGCGAAGAAGACUAUGAAGAGAGGAAGGAGCAGCUUGAAGGGCGAGGACAGUUUAAUACAUGGAGCUCAAUUCAAGAAGAACAGAAGCAGAAGAAAGAGCUCGAGAAACCUGGGCAAUUCGAUAUAUGGAGCUCGAUUCUAUCGCAAAAGGCCAACGAGGACACAUCAACACCACUUCUAGCUCCUUAUAUUCACCCUCUUGUGAAGAGAUCAUCGAGCUCUUUGAGCGAGAAGAGUCUCCAAAUAUGCACGGAGAGUCUUGGAUCCGAGACCGGCUCCGACGGAUUCUCGUCAUACCCGCCAUCGGAGACAGGGGACGCAGAAGACGAAAAAGAGGAAGAAGAAGAAGAACAACUACAAGAAGAUCUGAAGGGAUUAUCUCAAGCCUUCGAUAUGGAGGAAUCCAGGAUUCCGAAAUACCACUAUGCUUCUAGUAAGAAAUCACAGCCUAGAUCGUUCCCUCCACCUCUUCCUUCUCUCUCUCGUCGAGAUGGGGCAUCUCUCCGCAUGCAGUCUCGUCGUGAUAAUGGACGUUUAGUCCUCGAGGCCGUGGCCGUCCCUUCGCAAAAUCACUUUCGUGCUCAACGGAAAGAUGGCCGCCUUGUCCUAACUUUCUUCAAUGGUCCCUCGAACGAAGAUGCAAGAGACCAAGAAGAAAUGGUUGAGGACGUUCAGAGACAAGAAGAAGAAGAAGAGAAAACUCACAAAGAAGCGUUUGAAGAAGAAAUCUGGGACUUUGACGAAGUUUAUGGAAAAGUAGGCGAAGAGAAUGACGAAACUGAAGAGAGUGAGGAAGAUGAAGAGUUUGAUGAGGAAGCUGAUAAUGAAAGUGAAACCAAAGAAAUAGAAAUAGUGAUGGAGCAAGCACCAAAGAUGUCGAGUACGGCAAUAAGUUUCCAUAGGUUGGCUCUAAUGGCCAAGCCCAUUAGGAUGGCAGACAGGAAUCCAGCAUGGCCAGGAAAGUUCAAUGUAGGCAAAUUUGAAGAUGAUGACGCGGAGGUGGAGGAAGUGGACGAGAAAGCCUCAAUGGCAAAGUCCCUUCCACCACGGCCACGCGUGGCUCGGUUCAUACCCUCACCGCAGGCAGUGCCAUCCACGGCAGCAGCAGCUUCUCUCAACGCUUAUGAGUACUACUGGCGGGCCAAGCCCAGUACUGCUAACCCAAUUACUCAACCACCAACAACGUCAGCACUCAAAAACAAUGGCAACAAGCUCAUUAUCUCCAAGACUCCAAUGACAAAUGAGCAGCAGCAGCAACAACAACAAUUGUUUGUUCUAAGAGGGAACAAAGGAAAUUACUUUGUUCCUUUGGUAAAAAGUUGCAAGGAGCCUAGAAGAUCUCUUUUAAUCUGGGAGCCCUAUUGCAUUGCCACAUGAUCCAUGCAUCCUUAAGCUCUUACGCCCCCUCCCUAGUGUCAACCCAAAUCCAUUAUAACUUGCUAUUAAUCUUAUAAUUGUAGUCCAAUUCCACCUUUAUUUGCCUACUUAUGCGUUUGUGUAGUGAAUAAAAGAAAUAUGAUCGAGAGGAAUUAAAAGACCAGAGAGAGAGAGAGAGAGAGAGAGAGAUUUCAAUUAACAGUGUGAGAAUUUCAUCAUAGUCAGCCUCUGCUACAACCAUUCCAUCUACUAGGCGAGAUCUGAGCAUCAUCUUUGACUUGGUGGACUGUCAUGUCUGUCUCCGCAUUAUGUUGGGUUCCUUUGCUGUAACUUUCUUUGCUUUUGUAAUUCCUAGCCAAUGGGGUUUCCGUAUGAGUCAUGUCUCUGGUAUGAUUGCUCUUAAUUUUGGGAACACCAUGAUCCACCUCUGAUCUCCUGUUUCGCCACAGAUUAUAACUGUGAUGGAUAUUUCUCUUCAAAUAAUGUAAUUAACUCAUGUAUAUAAUAAUACUACUCUUUGGUCAUGCGUCCA